CCCCAGCGAGGAUGAGAAACGCCUCCCCACACCCCCCUAACCCCCCCGAAUUCGUAAGGACGGGAAAUCCUGGGAGUUCCCUUGAGCCGAGCGUAGGAGGUGCCACGCCCCGCCUGGUGUCUCCUGGGAUGUAGGGAGGGAAGCGGUGGUCCAGUUGGGCGGGCCUGUGGGGCUGCGACCCACUCCGGCGCAGUGAGCUCAGCGCGCGGGGGAGGGACCUCGCUGCGGCGAACAUGGGGGUCGUGGAAAGGUCGCCUGCAGAAGCCAGCCGUUGGGAGGAGAGAGAGGAAAAAGCUCCGAGCGGUGCAUGUGGAGGGUGCGUGCGCGUGCAAGUGGGGUGAUACAUGUAGUUAGAAGGCAUACGUGUGUAUGAAGGGGUGUAGAGAGGUGCGCGUAUGAGGAGGCGAGCGUGCGCGGGAAUACUUGUGGGCGUGUGGAGAUGUGUGGGAGAGAUGCGAAGAUGUGAUUUACACAGGUGCGGACGAAGGAAUGUGCGAGUGGUGACCUGGAGAUGCGUUCGAGUGUGGAGACUCACUGAGAAGCCCAUGGGGGAUGGGCUUGUGUGCACGUGGAGGUGUGUAUGAGGGGAUAUAGAUUUAUUAAUAUGUAUGCGUGCGCAUGUAGUGCGUGCGUGCGUGGGGGUCCGUACGUGGGGGUGCGUGCGUGAGGGGGGGUGCGUGCGUUGGGUGGUGCGUGCGUGGUGGGGACGCGAGAGCGGGAAGGAAGGCUGAAGGAGUGGAACGCGGGAGCCGGACAUACCUAGUUGUGCUGUCAGCCAAAGCGAACCAAGUUCAUCCUGUAAAGUCAGAUGACUGAAUUGCCUCAAGUUCUCCGGCUUCAUUUUCAUGUAAAGAGCUUGCAGAUUACCGGGACAUAUUCAGAAAACAUCUAAAAGAAAAAUACCUAAAGAUAGGAGCUGAUAAAUGUUACCACCAUGGCAAGCACAUAGAGUCACGUCUGCUUCUUGUAAAAGACCAUGGUAUAUCAGAAGAGACACCAUGUGGAAUUCCUCAACAAGAUCAUUUUAUUGACAUGGAACAUAUAUUUGAUUCUAAUGAAGAGGGCUCCAGCUCAUCUCGAACUGUGGUGCUUCAGGGAUGUGCUGGGACUGGGAAAACAGCUGUGGUGCACAAGUUCAUGUUUGAUUGGGCAGCAGGAGUGGUGACUCCAGGCAGGUUUGACUAUCUCAUCUACGUCAACUGCAGAGAAAUCAGCCCUAUUGCCAACCUUAGUGCUGCUGACCUUAUCACAAACACUUUUCAAGAUAUAAACAGACCAAUCUUGGACAUUUUUCUCAUAUAUCCAGAGAAGAUUCUGUUCAUUCUCGAUGGAUUUCCUGAGCUGCAGGACCCUGUUGGUGACCAAGAAGAGGAUCUUAGUGUUCACCCGCAGGAGAGGAAGCCAGUAGAGAUUCUCUUGUACAGUUUUGUGAGGAAAAAACUAUUCCCCGAAUCCUCUCUCCUGAUAACUGCCCGGCCUACAGCCAUGAAGAAGCUCCACUCUCUGUUAAAACAACCUAUCCAGAUAGAGAUCUUAUGGUUUACAGAUACUGAAAAGAGAGCAUAUUUACUGAGCCAGUUUUCAGGUGCUAAUACAGCAAUGAAAGUCUUUUAUGGUCUUCGAGAGAAUGAAGACCUUGACAUUAUGUCUUCUCUUCCCAUUGUCUCCUGGAUGAUAUGCAAUGUCCUGCAGCCAAAGGGAGAUGGUGAUGGGACUCUCUUGAGGUCACUUCAGACCAUGACUGAUGUGUAUUUAUUCUACUUUUCCAAGUGCCUCAAAACCCUUACAGGCAUCUCAGUAUGGGAGGGACAAAGCUGCCUGUGGAGUCUUUGCUCUUUGGCUGCGGAGGGUCUGCAAAACCAUCAGGUUUUGUUUGCAGUCAGUGACCUCAGAAGACAUGGGAUAGGAGUGUGUGAUACCAACUGCACUUUUCUCAGUCGCUUUUUGAAAAAGGCUGCAGGAGCUGUCAAUGUCUACACUUUUCUUCACUUCAGUUUCCAAGAGUUCUUGACUGCUGUUUUCUAUGCCCUGAAGAAUGACAAUAGCUGGAUGUGUUCAUAUCAAGUGGGGAAAAUGUGGCAAGAAAUAUUCCAACAAUAUGGAAAAGGCUUUUCAUCACUAAUGAUACAAUUCUUAUUUGGCCUCUUACAUAAAGGAAAAGGAAAGACGGUGGAAACUACUUUUGGAAGAAGAGUUUCCCCAGGUCUUCGAGAGGAGUUACUGAAGUGGACUGAGGAAGAAAUAAAGGAUAAAUAUUCUAGGUUGCAAAUUGAGCCGAUGGACUUGUUUCACUGUUUGUAUGAGAUUCAGGAAGAAGAAUAUGCAAAAAGGAUAAUUGACGAUUUGCAGUCAAUUAUACUACUUCAACCUACCUAUACAAAAAUGGACAUUCUGGCUAUGGCCUUCUGUGUAAAAAGCAGUCACAAUCACCUGUCAGUGUCUCUGAAGUGUCAGCACCUACUUGGAUUUGAAGAGGAAGAGCGAGCCUCAGCAUUCAUGCCACCAGCCUUGACAAUUAAUAAGUCCUUUCAACUGUGCAGUUUGCCAGUGUCUCGGCUACACUUCCUCUGCCAAGCACUGUGUAAUCCGUACUGUAAAAUCAAAGACCUGAGACUGAUUUUCUGUCACCUCACAGCUUCUUGUGGUAGGGACCUCUCCUCAGUAUUUGAAACCAACCAUUAUCUGACAGAUUUAGAAUUUGUAAAAAAUACCCUUGAAGAUUCAGGAAUGAAGCUUCUGUGUGAAGGAUUAAAACAUCCCAACUGUGUAUUACAGACAUUGAGGUUGUACCGGUGCCUUAUCUCUUCUGCUUCUUGUGGGGCUCUAGCAGCUGUUCUUAGCACCAAUAAGUGGCUCACUGAGCUGGAAUUCAGUGAGACAAAACUGGAAGCUUCAGCUUUGAAGUUGCUCUGUGAAGGCUUAAAACAUCCAAAUUGCAAAUUACAGAAGCUCAAGUUAUGUGCUAGCCUUCUCCCAGAAGGCUCAGAAAUUGUUUGCAAGUAUCUUGCUGCUGUUCUUAUUUGCAACCCACACCUCACUGAACUGGACCUGAGUGAAAACCCCUUGGGGGACGUAGGGGUGAAGUAUCUUUGUGUGGGUCUUAGACAUUCCAACUGCAAAGUGGAGAAACUAGACUUGAGCACAUGUCACCUUACAGAUGCUAGCUGUGUGGAGCUCGCUUCUUUCUUGCAAGUGAGUCAGACAUUAAAAGAGCUGUUCAUGUUUGCCAAUGUCCUGGGGGACACAGGAGUACAGCAUCUCUGCAAAGGUCUGCAGCACACAAAGGGUGUAAUCGAGAAUCUUGUGCUUUCUGAAUGUUCCCUGUCUGCAGCUUGUUGUAAACCCCUUGCCCAAGUCCUGAGCUCCACCCGGAGCCUGACAAGGCUGCUUCUAAUUAAUAAUAAAAUUGAAGAUAUGGGACUGAAAUUGCUGUGUGAAGGAUUAAAACAGCCUGACUGUCAGUUAAAAGAUCUGGCGUUGUGGACCUGUCACCUGACCGGGGCAUGUUGUCAGGAUUUGUGCAAUGUACUCUACACCAACGAACACCUGAGAGACCUUGACCUCAGUGACAAUGCCUUAGGGGACGAGGGCAUGCAGGUUCUGUGUGAAGGGCUGAAACGCCCCUGUUGUAAACUACAGACUUUGUGGUUAGCGGGAUGUCAUCUCACAGAUGCAUGCUGUGGAGCCCUCGCCUCUGUCCUCAACAGAAAUGAGAACCUAACAUUGCUAGACUUAAGUGGAAAUGACCUCAAGGAUUUUGGAGUGCAGGUGCUAUGUGAUGCGCUGAUUCAUCCAAUAUGUAAACUUCAGACAUUCUACAUUGACACAGAUCAUUUACAUGAAGAUACAUUUAGAAAGAUGGAAGUUUUAAAAAUGAGCAAGCCUGGAAUCAUCUGGUAGUUUUCAAGGAGAGCUCCUGAAUUGACUGCAUAUAGACCCCUCCAUCUGACACCAUCUUUAAAAGUUGUGCAGUACAGUAUUAUUUUUCCAAACUGUUAACCUUUGCUGAGGAGGCUAGUGUGAUACAAGCAGCAGUGAUUGCUGUUUCUUACAUACAACUAUCCAUUCAGCAGGAUGUAAAAGGCAGAAGCAGCUUAGUUUAAAUGUCUUCAGUAUAAUACCUUACAUUCAUAUGUUUAUGUUACAGUGUUUACUGUGCUUUUACAAGAACCGUCAGAGGUGGGACGAUGAGGCUCUGAGAGGUUGUAACUAGCUCCAGGUCAUAGAGCUCAUUAGAGGGAGAGUCGAAACUGCAAUUCAGGCAGGUGUCUCUCAAAACCCAGACCAUGCAGGGAAACAAUAGAAAAAACAUACAUGAAUGAGUCCACUUAAAGAGUCAAGAUACUUGAAAUGAUUAAAGUAACAAGAGUAUGCAAACACAUGUUAUAUCUUAUGGUGCUGAUUUCAAAUAAACAUCUAAUUCAUGAAGGAAGAAUGAGCUGGACUAAUUGGGAAGGGCUUCAUGGAAAAAGAGACUCGAUGUGGGCCUUGAAGAGUGAGUAUGAUUGAGAUAGGUGAGAAUGCAGUGGCCAGUGGCUUUAGGACUGCAGGGCAACAGGGCCCUGUUUUUGAGCAGCUCACCAAAAGAGCCUAGGGAGAAAGAAAUGUUUGCCCUAAAAUUUCUUGAGCUCCCACAGUAUCUGUAAUCCUAGGCUUCUGAGGGUGCUUUCCAGUUCCCAGUCUCAUCCCCCUUUCUGAACUUUUAAUACUUUCCGAAUGUAUUUGUAUUUGUUCAUGGCCUUCUGAGACUGACUCGGUCUUGAUCUCUGAUAGCAUCUUACGUAGCCAAGCAUGGAUCCUAUACAACCCCCUGUUUGUCUCUCUGCCUAGCUUUCACAAAACACUACAUGAGGCAGUGGAGAAAGGGAGUGUCAGGCAAUGAAACAGUGCAAAGUCAGCGAAUAGUGAACAUGAUGUGGGAUCAACAGAAAGUAGGCUGGGCUUAUUAAAGUGUAAAGAUGUCUCCAGAAGCUAUAACUAACUGUGUGACCCUGAAUAUGUCACUUGGAUUCCUGAAACCUUAGUUUCCUUAUCUUUGAAAUGAGGAUAAAUUGACAUUAACCUUGUAGGGCUGUUUCCCAACAUGGUACUUCCCUGCAGCAGGCACCAGUUAGUUAGUUGUAGCUCUUUGUGUGUUUACCUGUAGUAUACCUCAGCUGUAUAAUGCAACUCCUAGGUUUUCUUGCAGUGUAAUCUAUGUGAAGUGUGUGUUUGAACUAAACGUAUGUGCCGGACACAAUGAACCUAGUGAAGGAAGAGACUCAUAGUGGGAAGUUAUUCCAGAAGGGAGGUUGUAGUAUAGCCCAGCUGCUUCAUGGAUUUAUCCAUCAUCAUGUAUUGUUCUCCACUGCCCUGGGAGAUAGUAACACUCAAGAAGCAUACCAGGUCUAUCCUGAGAAGAAUGGUCAAGAUAGCAGUUUGUCUCCAGUUUUCUGAAAUUUUCUUUGCUUUUAGUUACUUAACACAUUUAUUGCACAUUUGUUACAUGCCAGAUUUUGUGUUAAGUGUUGACUUUGCAGAAAUGAAUAUGCCUUUUCCUGUGCACUUCCUCUACCAUGUUCUCUGACUGCCUUAGUCCCUCUGUCAAUCUGGAAAACAUCUGAUAAAACAUCUCACUAAGAGCUCAAAGAUAUAAUGUUAAAUGAGAAAUUGCACAACCGUGUGUGUGCACAAUCCAAUUUGUGUACAAAAAGAUACAUAUGCAUGUGUACAUGUGUUCAGAAAAUCUAUGGAAGGAUGUAUACAAGAAGCUGCUAACAGUGAUUACUAUGGCAAGAGGAAUUUACCAAGCAGAGGCAGUGGGGAAAAACCUUUUCAUCAAUAGCCUUCUGUCCUACUUGAUGUUUUUUUUUUAACCAUGUGCAUGUUUAACUUUUAUAAUUAAUAAACAUGACGUUAAAAU